AUGUACUACCACAAGAGAGCCACUGAUACAGUACCGAUGCUUCUACUUGUACUCUUCAGUCUCACAGUUAUGCUGCAGUUCCAAGCGAAGACGGUGGCUUUGCCAGGUUCAAGCUGCCCGAAGCAUUGUGGCAAUGCUGACAUUGUAUACCCAUUUGGGAUUGGCGAUGGCUGUGCAAUGAAAGGAUUUGAGCUCGAUUGCAACAAGACUAAGGAUGGCCGCAGCAUCCUGACGUUCUUCGGCGAAAUUCCAGUGCUGAACAUAUCGGUGCUCAAUGGCCAGUUUCGAAUCAUGAAACACGUCUCAACCAUAUUUUACCACCUCAACAGCAGGAAGGUCGACACCGACUACUGGGGCCAGGACCUCUCCAACACCCCAUUCACAUAUUCAUGGAAGUCCAACAUGUUCACGGUUAUCGGCGUCGACACUCUAGCAUGCAUGACGGACAAUACUUAUCUGGUUGGGUGUGUGCCAAAGUGCUCGCCCUACAAAAACCUCAAGGCACAAGAUGGUAUGUGCAGCGGCGAUUUCUACUGUCGGGUUGCCCUAACCGCAGACAUGUCCGACGAUUAUGUGUAUUUCAAUCGUCUGCGCAACACUACAGGUUACUAUACCAACAAAAGCGCUACAGACAAGGCAGAGUACCAAGGCUAUGCUGUGAUUAUGGAGACUGCAGCAUUCGGGUCCAACACAACAUAUCUGAACACGACAGCCUUUCUUCAUGGGAUAAAUGAGAGCGAUGGCCGUGUCCCAGCGAUCUUGAACUGGGUGGUGGGUAACGAGACGUGCGAUGUCGCGAGGAUGAAGAAUGAUUCAUACGCUUGCCGUAGCAAGAAUAGCAUGUGCGUUGAUUCCGGCAGUGGAUCAGGUUACCUCUGCAACUGCACCGAAGGAUAUCAGGGCAAUCCGUACCUUCCUGAUGGAUGCCAUGACAUUGAUGAGUGUGCUGCCAAACAACCUCCAUGCGCUGGCUGCAAGAACAAACCUGGAGGUUACUCUUGUCCAGCCCCGAGAUCCUUGAACGUUGUGGCACUACCUGUGGGUUCAAGCAUUGGGGUUGCAAUUGUGGUCAUAGCCAUGACCUGCACGUACUUGAUCCAUGAAAGGAAGAAGUUGGCCAAAAUCAAGCGGAAGUAUUUCCAACAGCAUGGCGGGAUGCUUCUAUUGCAGGAGAUAAGCUUAAAGCAAGGAACUGCUUUCACCAUCUUCACAGAAGCAGAGCUCAUUGAUGCAACGGACAAAUUCGAUGACAGGAACAUCCUUGGCCGUGGUGGCCAUGGCACUGUCUACAAGGGGAUGCUUAAGGAAGGCAGUCUGGUCGCAGUCAAACGGUGUGUAUCAAUGACCAGUGAGCAGCAAAAGAAGGAGUUUGGCAAAGAGAUGCUAAUCCUUUCCCAGAUCAACCACAAGAACAUCGUUAAGCUACUGGGCUGCUGCCUCGAGGUAGAGGUUCCAAUGCUAGUUUAUGAGUUCAUCCCCAAUGGCACACUAUUUCAGUUCAUCCAUGGUAGCAAUGGCUGUCACAACAUCCCCUUCUCGACUCGCUUACACAUUGCCCUCGAGUCUGCUGUAGCCUUAGCUUACCUACAUUCAUGGGCUUCACCUCCAAUUCUUCAUGGUGAUGUCAAAUCAUCCAAUAUACUCCUUGACAAGAACUAUGCACCUAAGGUAUCUGACUUUGGGGCCUCGAUAGUAGCACCGACUGAUGAGUCUCAAUUUGUCACACUUGUGCAAGGGACUUGCGGUUACUUAGACCCUGAGUAUAUGCUGACGUGCCAGUUGACAAAUAAGAGUGAUGUUUAUAGUUUUGGGGUCGUUCUCCUAGAGCUUCUCACUGGCAAGAAGGCCUUCAACCUUGAAGGGCCUGAAGAUGAAAGAAGCCUUUCACUACGUUUCUUAUGUGCUAUGAAGGAAGGCAGACUCAUGGACAUCAUUGACAACUGCAUCAAAAAUGAGAAUGACAUGGGGUUGCUCGAGGAAGUCGCGGAGCUUGCAAGUCAGUGCCUAGAGAUGGUCGGCGAGAGGCGACCGGCAAUGAGCGAUGUGGCCGAGAAGCUGGACAGGCUCAACAAGGUCAUGCAGCACCCUUGGGUGCCUGCGCAACAUCAUUCUGAAGAGAUGGAGAGCCUGCUCGAGGAGUCGUCGAUGGUCAGUUUAGAGAUGAUAGGCACAGGAAAUUUCAGCAUGGAGAAGAAGAUUGUGCAAGGGCUGUGGGAGUCUGGGCGUUAG